AUGGAAGGCAGCUGUCUCUGCGGCAAUGUCAAAUUCACACUGGACGUUGCGCCAGAUGCGGCCAAUCCGACUUCGGUGUGCCACUGCCGGCCUUGCCGCAAGAUCAGUGGAAGCACGACAUCGUUGAACUUGACAGUGCCAACGCAGGCCUUCAGGCUUACGAGCGGCAGUUUGAAGACGUUCAAGACGAAGCACAUCGAUGAAGGCUUCGAGUUCUCGUUGUCCUUCUGUCCCGAAUGUGGCAGUCCAAUACAUGCGGUGCCUCACUCAACACCUCAGCCAGAUAUUGUGGUUGUACAGGCGGGCACAUUGGACGAAACAGGGCCGCUCUUGAAGACUCCGGUUACGGAGCUCAAUGUCACGCAUCGACUGCCAUGGCAGACCCCGAUCGAGGAUGCUGCGCAGAAGCAGAAGUAUUGA